AACAAUAUCCCUGUGGCUGCCGCGAGGGCACGCAUCCAUCCAUGGCUUUACGAAGCUUCCUCCAAGCAGCCAUGGAGGGCUCCGUGGAGGAUUACUCUAUAUAUGGUCAACUAGCUGCUUAAAUAUCUGAGGCCAUUGAUCCAUCGUGCUUGCCACUGUUUAUUAUUAUAUAUAGCAGCUCCAAGCUUUGCAGCCGGAGCACCGAGAGGCACCAGGCGCCGGCGAUCGAGAAUGGCCGGCGGCGCCGGAGGAGGAGGAGCGGACGGCAGGGGCACCGCCCGCGUCGCGCUGUUCCCGCUGCCGUUCCAGGGCCACAUCAGCCCGAUGCUGCAGCUGGCCGGCGCGCUCCGCGCUCGGGGGCUCGCCGUCACCGUCCUCCACACGGCGUUCAACGCGCCGGACCCCGCGCGCCACCCGGGCCUCGCCUUCGUCGCGGUGCCCGACGCCAUCCCGGAGGCCGCCGCCGCCGCCAACGGCAUCGCCAAGAUCCUCGCCCUCAACGCCGCCAUGGAGGCGUCCGGGCGCGUCCGCGCCGCGCUCGCGUCGCUCAUGGCGGCGGAGGGGCAGCCCCGGCUGGCGUGCCUGGUCCUCGACUCCACCCUCCCCGCCGCGCAGAAGGCCGCCGCCGGCCUCGGCCUGCCCACGCUCGUGCUGCACACCGGCAGCGCCGCGUGCUUCCGCCUGUUCAGGUCCUACGACAUGCUCCACCACAGGGGCUACCUGCCAUCCACAGAGUCCAACCUAGACAUGCCGAUAGAGGAGCUGCCACCACUGAAGGUGAGCGACCUGUUCGACCCAAGCAAGCUCCCCAGCAAGGAGAUUGGGCAGAAGAUCCUGGACCUGGCCACGGAGACCACGACGAGCUCCUCCGGCGCGAUCCUCAACACGUCCGAAGCUCUCGAACCCCACGAGCUCAAGUUGAUCCGCGACGAGCUCGCCCCCAAAGGCAUCCCGCCCUUCGCCGUCGGCCCGCUCCACAAGCUCGCCGCCGGCGACGGCGCCGGCGAGACCACCAGCCUGCUCGAGCAGGACCGCGGCUGCGUCGAGUGGCUGGACGCGCAGGCGCCCGGGUCCGUGCUGUACGUGAGCUUCGGCAGCGUCGCUCGCGUGACCCGGGACGAGUUCUUGGAGGUCGCGUGGGGCCUGGCGAGCAGCGGCAGGCCGUUUCUCUGGGUGGUCCGGCGCGGCCUCGUGCUCGGGGUGGACGAGAGGCCGCCGGAGCUCCCGGAAGGGUUCGGCGCGGCGGCGGCGGGGAGGGGCAGGGUGGUCGAGUGGGCCCCGCAGCAGGAGGUGCUGGCCCACCCGGCGGUGGGCGGCUUCUGGACCCACAGCGGAUGGAACUCCACGCUGGAGAGCGUCUACGAGGGGGUGCCGAUGCUGUCGAGGCCUCAGUUUGGGGAUCAGCUGGCUACCGGAAGGUACGUGGCGGAUUCAUGGAAGGUUGGGGUUCUGCUGGAGGGUGCGGUGGAGCGAGGGGCGGUCGAGACGGCGAUCAGGAAGCUGAUGGAAGACGAAGAAGGUGAGGGGGGUGCGAUGAGGGGAAGAGCGGGGGCUUUGAAGGAGAAAGUGAGGAUGAGCGUUGAGCGUGGUGGGUCUUCUCAGCAGGCCGUUGACAAAUUGGUAGAUCACAUGCUUUCUCUCUGAAAGUUUCCUUUUUUUUCCUAGUUGAGGUAGUAGCAUCUGGUAUAAGCAUUAAGCAGGACCAUGAUAUGGAUGUCUGGACUCUGGAGCUGUGAUGUGUAUGGAUGCAUGGAUCUAGCUGAAUAAGUCAACUUUUUUCUACUGGGUUUAUAAUUGUUUGUUUGCCAUUA